UGGCGACGUCAUACAACGCGAAGAACUCAUAAUUCGCGCAAUUUUUAAUUGUAAAUGGCUAAAAGCAUAAAGUUGAGCUUCAGCUUAGUUAUCCAAUGAAAAUGGACGAGGACGAGGCACAAAAACAGAGGCUUAAAGCUGCCGUUCACUACACUGUCGGCUCUCUCUGUCAACACAUCGCUGCAGACUGCGAGAAACAAAUCACCAAACAGACAAUAGCAGCAAUUGCAGAGACUGCAUUCAGACAGUGCGAUAUAUUUGCCAAGGACUUGGAAGCGUUUGCGAGACAUGCUAAAAGACACACAGUUACAGUGGAUGAUGUGAAGCUAACAGCGAGAAGAACCACUGCACUGUACAACUACAUUCAGCAGAAAAGUGAAGAACUGGCUUUGAACAACCAUGAACUGAAGGAGAAAAGGAAGAAGAAUGCUGCCAAGAGGAAGAGUAAAGACAUGGAAGCGGAGGAGGAGAACGAGGUUGAAGACUGAUCAAAAGAAAUGUACAAAAUUCACAUUUUUACAAGUUGCACAAAAGUACUUGGUUUUUGCAUGUAAUAAAACAGCUGUACAAAUAUUUGUACAUAAAUCAGAUUAAAUACUUAACACCAAUAAUUUUUUUAUACUCAAAGAGUUCAUUUGGGUUUUAUUGUAAUAAAGAAUCCUAUAAACACUACUUUCUUGGGAAUAUGAAGCUCUGAAACAAUACAGAUUCUCUCAAAUAUUUUAAUUCAAACAUUUUCAAAACAUGGACCUGAAAAACCUAUGCCUGCAUUAGAAUACAACAAGCUGCUUUCUCAAAACCAAACACAUUCAAGCCUAAUACCAUCUCAGCUCAGAUUUUCAGAUAGAAAUGUAUUAUGCUUGAAGUGUUUUGAAUUAACACCUCAUCUGGAAGCACCUAUCAAAUUCUGCUACAGUCUACCGUGUCCAUGGCCGUAACCAGAGAUGCAGAACCACAGCAUCCUCCAUCUUCCUCCAUCCCCAAACGGACUUCCCGCCUGGGGUUCAGUUGCGACCAGCCAUAUUCCAGGCCCCUAAAUGUGUGAAUUCAAUUAGUUGUGUGGUAUUUGCUUUUUUAAACAUCACGUGACAAACCAGUAUGAGAAAAUGGCAAUCUAUUCAAAUUAGUUUUAUUGAAGCACUCCCUUCAUUUGACAAGUCAUAUAAAAUGCCUUUGAAAACACUGAGCAACGUUAUUUAGAGGGAAACUCCACAGACAUCCACAGCACUCAACAUACAGGUCGCACUUACACCAUCACUCAUGUUUUCCCCCCUCAGUGUCCACUGAAGAUGUCAUCCAUAUCAAAGCUCACACUUACAGGUCAAGUUACAAGGAAAAAAAAGCACACACACCAUACAGCAUUCAGAUGGGAUUAUAGAAGCAAGACAAAGUAUGCAUCAUCAUCAUCAUCACAACAUUCCACUAACUAUAUAAGCACAUGUCAGUAUACUAAAGGAGAAAAGCAAAAGGGAACCUAGGGAGACCAAAAAAAAAAAAAAAUCAAAAGAAAAAAAAAUCUUUGAUGUACACAUGAACAAAAUGUCUGUCAAUUUGGGCUCGAUUAAGGGGAAAGCUGGGAAGUAUCAGCGGCUCUCAUUCACUCGCUCACCAAACCCACCCACUGCAGUCACAUUUCGGCUCGUUCAUCGCACUCGCAAGUCUUUUCGUUCGUGCGCUCCACACUUUCUUCGCUCACUCGCAGCCUUCUCACUCUUCGCCAUAUCACCAAUCGCACUCAAGGGUUGUUUAAAAACGUCACUUUCUGCGCACUUCUUGUCUUAAAAAGUGGAUUAAGAAAAAGGAGACACCCACCGUGUCAUCGAGCCGUGCGAUGAGAGCAUAUAGACAUGGGGAGGAAGGUGACAUAAUGACCUCAGCCACACUGUGCUGCCAUAGAGGGCGCUCUUCCCAGGCAAACCCCACAGAUGUCAACUGCAGAAGAGAUUUUGAUGAAGGCUUGUUUUAAAGGGUUUCCAUAAAACUGGACUGAAUCAUAAAGCUGAAUUUACAAUAUGUUCAGGUUUCAACCAGAUUCUUUCCAAUGCAAAUGUCUUU